AUGGAAACUGAAAAAAAAUCCCCUGCCGUCGUCGUAAACGAAGAAUUUGCUUUGGGCGAAAACGAAUCCAUAAAAGACUUCCAGGAAACAAUAGUACCUGAUUAUGGACUGACCAAACGGAAGCUCACAGCUAGACACGUCCUGUUGAUGAUAAUUGGCCAGUCUAUAGGAACUGGGCUCUUUGUGGGCGUGAAAACGCCAUUGAUGACUUCUGGCUCGUUAUCCUUAUUUUUAGGGUUCUUUAUAUGGGCAGCUACUAUGAUAUGGCCAUUGAUGCUAGCAACUGGCGAAAUGUGCUCUUACCUUCCAGUCAGAGGCACGUUUUUGCAUUUUGCAGCACGCUGGCUUGAUCCAGCCAUGGGGUUUGCCGUCACCAUGAUGUACUUAUACACGACGCUUAUGUUUAUUUGCGUGGAAGCCGUGGCUUUUGCUUCUGUGGCUGGUUACUGGACAGACUUGAGUCCAGCAGUCGACCAUUCUCUUUUUAAUGUUUUUGGCGUUAACUGGUAUGGAGAGGUUGAAUUUGUCUCGUCCAUGCUUAAGGUGAUACUUAUAGUAGGCCUUAUGUUCUUUGGGUUGAUCACCAUGUGUGGAGGUAACCCUAAAGGCGAUGCUUAUGGGUUUAGAAACUGGAGCGAAGGAGGACUCGUGAAAGCUUACCUCGUGGAAGGAUCUACAGGUAAAUUUCUAGGAUUCUGGAACGUGAUGAUAUUUGCUGCUUUUUCUUGUGGAGGUCCAGAUAUGCUAGGCAUGAUAUCUGGCGAAAUCUCCCAGCCUCGCCAGAACAUCGCCAUGGCUGCCAAAAGAACGUACGUUAGAAUCUUUUUAUUUUAUGUCGGUGGUAUAUUUUUCAUGAACUCCAUGUGUGCUUCCAAUAACCCAGAUCUUGUGGCAGCCAGUGAUUCUGGCCAGGCUGGUGCUGCUGCUUCACCUUGGGUCAUUGGAAUCAAGUCUGUGGGUGUUUAUGGAUUGGACUCUGUGGUGAAUGCUGUUGUUAUGACUUCAGCUUGGUCAUGUGGAAAUGGAUUUACUUAUGGUGCCGCCAGAAGUGCUUACUCUGCUGCUUUGGCUGGGUACAUUCCUAGAGUGUUCUCAUAUUGCUUGAAGAGUGGAUGUCCUAUAGUAGCUGUGCUUUUUUCCAUGGCUAUAGGGUGUCUUUCGUAUAUGACAGUGUCUAAGGAGGCGUCUACGGUGCUUGACUGGUUUAUCAGUUUGGCUACUACGGGGUUGCUUUGUACGUUUGCUGUGAUGUGGAUGUGCUACUUUAAGUUUAAGAAAGCUGUUCAGGUUCAGGUAUGUGACUAUGAGGAUAAAAAGUACUAUAAGGUGAAUAGGUUUCUUUAUCCGUGGGUGACGUACUGGGCUGCACUUUUGAACGGUCUUGUGUUGAUAUUCAAUGGGUUUUGGGUGUUCUUUCCAGGGCAGUUUAGCGUGGCCAACUUGUUCACUUCAUACUUUGCUCCAGUGUUCUUUGUGGUGCUUUUUGUGUUUUGGAAGUUCUGGAAGAAGACACAUUGGAGGUCAGAUAUGGAGGCAGAUAUAACUUCAGGGAAGGAGGAGAUUGACGAUGAAGAAGAGGCCGAGAAGGCCGAGUUGGCGCUUCAGCCCAGAAAAAACGGCUUGCUCUGGAAGGCCUGGUAUAAGUUUGCCGAUUUCUGUUUCAGCUAG